AUAUAUAUGUACAUAUGUAUUAUGUAUGUGUGUAUGUAUGUAUAUCUAUGAUCAUAUGGACGGUGAUGGUUGCAAAUGAUGACGAAAGCUAUAGUGGCGAGUGGGUGGCCUAUUAAAUUAAGCUCAACAGCCACCUCAACAUCUAUGAGUCCUUCUUCUUUCCUCUGAGCAACCCAUCUACCAUCCCUUGUAGCAUCUAGUCAUAGCGGUGUCUAUGAAUGGCGUAGGAUAACGAGUAUCAAUUUUUACAGCUACUCUGUGUCUACAACUUCAUGUUGGUUCAUAUACACGGGGAUUUGUACCUGUAGAUUUGCAUACAGGGGAAUCAGCAUGCAUGAAAUAACUAAAUAGACGUGCAUAGAUGCAACUCUGAAAGAAUAAGCGCACAAUAGCAUAUGCUUCUACAGGGACGGAAACGUGUGUAUUCUCCGGGGCGAAAAUCUACCCCGGCAAGGGCAAGCGCUAUGUGCGUCUUGACGGCCGCGUCUACAACUUUAUCAACAACAAGUGCUCGUCGUUGUUCAUGCAGCGCAAAAACCCCCGUAAGAUCAGUUGGACUGUUCUUUUCCGCCGUAAAGCUAAGAAGGGAACCCAAAUGGACGAGAAGUCCCGCAAGAAGACUCGCAAGGCUGUCAAGAGUGAUCGUGCCAUCGGAGGACUGACGCGUGAGGCUCUAAUGGCCAAGCGUAACGAGACAAGCGAGAUCCGCAAGGCUCGUCGUGACCAUAUCUCCAAGGAAAAGAAGGACAAGAUUCAGGCUGCCAAGGUUGCCAAGAAGACCAACCGAGGAAUCAAGAACACUAUCCCUGUUGCCAAGAACAACAAGGGUAAGCAGAACAUUCGUACAGGAGGUUUGCGUUAAGCGCCCGUAUCAAUCAGUAGGAAGUUUAAUAAACCGAUUGCUUGCUAAACAAGUAAUUCUUGGCCUAAGUCUAGUACGUUUUGG